AUGUCUGAAACUACUAAUACCGCUGAACAAGCACAAACAUCUCUUCGUGGAGCUCCUGAAACAAGAAGCUCAUUUGAUUUCAAGCAGGAACAUGAUAAUUUUGUUAAAAGCCUUUACAAUACUCAAGAUCCUACACUUAAAUCUAUUUUGACUAAAUUUGAAGAGAUAACCAAUCAAAAAAGAGAGUUUUUGGUUUAUGGAAUUAGUGGUAUAUUAGCACUUUAUUUGAUUGCAGGAUCAGCUGCUCAAUUGGUUUGUAACGCUAUCGGUGCUGGUUAUCCUUCUUACAGAUCGAUUAAGGCUGUCAAAACAAAUGAUAAGAAUGAUGAUACUCUUUGGUUGACAUACUGGUGUGUAUUCGGUGCAUUCAGUUGCUUUGACUUCUUUGCUGAUUCUAUUUGUGGUAUCUUUCCUAUUUAUUGGCUUUGUAAAGCUUUAUUCUUGUUGUACCUUUCUUUACCACAAACUAAUGGAGCUAUAAAACUCUACAAUGGAUUUGUAGAGCCAAUCUACCAAAAGAUGGAAGUUUUCUUUGGGGGGAAACAAUAA